UAUAUAUAUAUAUAUAUAUAUGUUUGGCUUGAAAAAUAAGCAUUUUUCAGUGAAUAGUAUUUAGUCCUCUGAUGUAUGCCACAUAGAGCCCUCAUCAAAGCAUCUGAUGUUGUUAAUUGCCAUCAAGUCAUGGCGACCCAUGUGUGCAGAGUGGAACUGUUCCAUAGGGUUUUCAAGGUUGUGACCUUUAGGAAGCAGAUGGCCAGGGCUGUUUUCCAAGCCGCCUCUGGGUGGGUUCAACUGGUAGUCCAGUGAGUAAUUGUUUGGGAGCGCUUAACCCUUUGCACCACCCAGGGACUCGAAGGGCAAAAGAAACAAGCCAGGUGCCUUGGUUUUACUGUUUAUGGUCUAGAUAGGAAAUGUUAAACCCAGAUGCAAGAUACCAGCAUUCCAGGUGCAGAGAUGCACUUACUGUGUUUAUAAUAUUUUUUAUAGUCUCCAAGAAUUGUGUCUUCCUUAAGCAUUUACUGAAAUAUAAUUUUCUGAAAGUAAACUUGCUGGUAUUACCUAGGUGAGACUUUUUCAUUUAAAACAUUUCUAGAUUAGCUUGUUUUUCGAAUAAGAGUAAAUUUGAUAGCAGUUUUCCAUUCUGAUUUUUAGGUUUUUCUUUUUAAAAUAUCUGUCAUAUUGAAUGCAGUAUGAUAGCCGUUGAUGUAUACUGCAUCCAAAACCAAACCAAACCUGUUGCCAUUGAAUUGAUUCUGACUCAUGGCGACCCCAUGUGUUACAGAGUAGAACUGCUCCAUAGGGUUUUCUUGGCUGUAAUCUUUAUGCAAGCACAUCUCCAGGCCUUUCCUCCAGGGCACCACAGUGUGUGUUUGAACCCUCAACUUUUAGGUAAGGAGUCGAGCGCAAACUUUACACCACCCAGGGAUGUCGUAUACCUCAUAGCACAGGAAAAAUUGUUGUUGUUAGGUGUUAUCGAGUCAGUUUUGACUCAUGGUGACCUCAUGUGACAGAGUAGAAUUUCCCCAUAGGGUUUUCUAGGCUGUGAUCUUUACAGGGGCAGAUUGCCCAGUCUUUUUCCCAUGGAGCCACUGGGUGGGUUUGAGCUGCCAGUAAAAAUCAUAUAUAAAUAUGAAUAUAUAUAUGUGUAGGAAAGAUGGGAUACUUCUGCAUCCAGAAUGUGUGAAGACAUAUGUUUGUAUAUAAUUGUUUUCCUGUAGGCAGACUCUUCUUUUUUCUUUCUUGUCCAAAUGAGUGAUUUAAAAAUGUGACUGUAUAUAAAAUAUAUACACUGUACUCCAAACAUGACAGUAGUCAGCAAACUGCAUGAAGUUAGUAACAUUAAUCUUCAAGUCCCAAAUGCAGACAUUUUCUCUCUCUCUUACAGUUACAUUUCUCAAUGCAAAAAUAAACAGCUUGUCAAGGAGCCAGUUGAUAAAGUGCCACAGUAUUGUAUCUAGGUAGUUUUGGGUUUAUCUACCUUCAGAUUAUAUCGAGUUUCCUCAUUUAAAGUGGCAUUGGCCAGAGCUAGUGGUGCAGUGGUUAAGAGCUAUGGCUGCUGAUCAAAAGGUCAGCAGUUCAAACCCACCACCCACUCCUUGGAAACCUUACAGGGCAGUUCUCCUCUGUCCUAUAGGGUCGCUCUAAGUCGGAAUUGACUUGACAGCAACAAGUUUGUUUUUUUGGUCAGGUGCCUGCCUCUUAGUCAUUUUCUCGUUAACUCUAAUGUUGCAGUAACUUGAAGCUAGACUGGUGGGCCCCCAAAAGAAAUGAAAUUCAUGUGCUGUGUUAGUGUUCUUUCCUACACUGGUAUUGCUUCUCAGCCCCAGGCCUUUUUCCUUAACAGGUGACCAUCACAUCAGGUCAUCGGCAGAGGGGCAAUGUGUUUUGUGAGUAACUGGUGUGUGUAGAGGAGCCCUGAUGGCCAGUGGCUAAGCACUCAGCUGCUAAUCGAAAGGUCUGUGGUUCGAACUCACCAGCUGUUCUGUGGGAGAAAGAUGUAGCACUUUACUUUCCGUAAAGAUUACAGCCUUGGAAAACCCUAUGGGGCAGUUCUGCUCUGUCCUACAGGGUCACUAUGAGUCGGAAUCAACUCCAUGGCAAUGGGUUUGGUAUUUUUUGGUUUUUAUGUCCUAUUCCAAAAUUCCUGUUUUCAGGAAGAGUGGAAUUGCCUGGUAAGGCCUGUCUCCCCUAGGCUUGUUCAGGUAAACUGUUGGAAGGAGACAUGGGACUUGGAUUUAUAAGGUGAUAAUUUGUAAAGUUUACAAAGAAGAGAAUUUCUGUCAAUUAUCUUACGUGAUCUUCACAUUAACUGCAGCAUGUGAUCACUGUAGCAUCUCCUUUUCUUUCCUCAAGGACUGGUUCUCACUCUGGUUAGCAGUUUCCUCUGCUGUCAGCAGCUGGGGAGUAGUGGUGACCAGAGAAGGAGAGUAGGGGCUCCUUGACCGUGGAAUUCUCACUCGUAUUGAGGAGACGGCCCUUUGGUCCACUGUCUUUUUCCUUCUAAACCCUGCCCUUCAUUUCCAUUAAAAAAUUUACAUCAUCCCAGAGGCACAGUUUUUGAGACUUAAGAAAUCUCAAAACUUGUGUAAGACUUGAACCUAUUAGGUUGUUUAUUUUUCAGUGUGAAUUAAUAAUUAUUUCUUUUAAGUAGUACCAGAAUAAAAAAAAUCUAAGUUUUUUUCCUUCAAAAAGAAAGAAAAUGGCCACUUUGCUACAUUAACAUUUCUAAAGUCUUUCGUCUCUGCUUUUUCCCAGUUCUCCAGGGGGGAUACAGAAUUAAGUGUCACAGCAGUAUUUGUACCACGAGCCACAAUACCACACCCAUUUACUAGUGAGUUCCUAAUUUUUUUUGUUUUAGAUUGAUGAAGGGCUGCUUGGACUUUGACUCUCCUCAAGAUGUUAAUUAUAUGUUUCAAAAUCAUGUGUUCUGUUAAAAAUCACUUACGCAUAGCCUUGGAAAGAGAACUGGAGGCAUGGAGUUGCUUCAGGGUGCAGAAUAUUGUUUUGGAGGCCUUGGGAAAUAAAUCUUAGGAGUUAGUUCAUUUACCACCAAGACAUAUUUAGUCAGUGCAUAUAAACAAAAGAAGUCACAGUGUGCCUGGACAUUAUUUGUCCCAGAUGGAGUUUAAACUUGGCUCAUUAUGCCGCACUGAUGUCAUGGUGCAUAAACUGGCCCUGAAUUAAAGACGUGCACAGAAUCUGCUGUGUGCUUGUAUGUGAUGAGGACGUGUGAGGAGGAGGGGAGGGGCUGGCUGGAAAAUCUUUGUCACAUUUUUCCUUUGCUGUCUGCAGAGACUAGUGUCAGUUCUGAAUUUGGACUUGUUGCAGAAUGAGGGAAGAAUUGGAAUAAUCUGUUCAUUUGUACAAGUCGGUAUGUGUAUGUACUCAGCGACGUAGUUCUUCCAGGACAGAGUACAGUGCACCCGACUUUCCAAGAGUUGCUUACAAAGCUUUACUACUAAAAUUUAGAACAGAAAAUAUUAAAGCAUGACAUUUUUAAAGAGCAUUUUCUGUAUGUUUGUCUUGAAAUCUUAAAUCUGGACAGUUUCUUUAAACUUUUUAAUGGUCUUAAGUAUCCAGCUGUAUAAUUCCAUUUUCCUGGAUUGCAUGAUGGAUAACCCCUUAAACUAGUUGCUUAAGUGUAUAAAAGUGCUCCUUAGAGGAUCUGGCCGGGGCUGUUUCUUCCUGUGUGCCUUGAGAGGGCAGCUUGUGGGUCAGAAAACGGAGCCAGAGGGGGUUCUCUCCUGGAGUGCCGAGUGUUUAAUAGGAAAUUUCCACAUACUGUGAUGUUACUUUAUUACUUUUUAUUGCUGACUUCUGUUAUGAUCUUAAUUAGAAGCAUUUCCAAAUGUAGAUGUAAAGAGCUUAGAUUUCAGAACUUCUGUGAAUGGAUUCCAUAGUCACUGUUGUUGCUGGGAUCCAUGGAAGCUGGAUAGGCACCGGAAUGGGAAUGAGUUGGGAGGUGAGCUUUGAAGGAAAGCCAGAAUGUUUCCCAAACAAAAAAUGUGGUCAGAGGUGAGAUUGGCUGGGUUUAGAUUUUAUUGAGAACAUGAAACGCGUCAGACUUGGUACUUUUUUUUCUUGAGACUCUCAUUAGAGCUCACAUUUUUACUUAAAUGAGAGAUUUGUCAUCAGUAGCAAUUUGAAGGAAAAGAAGUAUUAAUACCAGUUAUCAUUUAUUAAGCACAUAUUAUGUGUUUGGCCCGGUAUCAGGGCCACACCUGCUUGUCUCUAUUCCUUAGAGCAAACACAUAAUGUCAGUAUUAUUUCUUUUUCAGAUGAGGAAAUCUGGGGUUAGAAAGGUUAAGUGACUUGUCCCCAGAGCUCGGAGCUAACCUUGGUGUCUUAUUUGCUCUUCUCACAGUGUGUGUAUCUUGGGUUUUCUAGUUGAUAUUUAAACUAUUAGCUUAAAGAUGAAUUGAAAAUACCGUGAGGUUAGCAGAGAGUGAUUUAACUACUCAGUAUUUACAUACUUAUAAUGCUACCCGGAAGGCAGCUCAGUCCCAAACACUAAACGCUAUCUACUAAUUUUAUAGAUUGGCAGGAAAAAGAAACUAAAAAUGUACAAGAAAUAUGUGUACCAUAACCACCCAACCUGUUGCCAUUGAGGCGAUUCCGACUUGUAGCAACCCUAUAUAGGACAGAGUAGAACUGCCUCAUAGGGUUUCCAAGGAGCAGCUGGUAGAUUUGAACUGCUAACCUUUUGGUUAGCAGCUGAGCUUUUAACCACUGUGCCACCAGGGCUUCAUGUGUACUGUACUUCUUAUUUAUUGAAAUCUUCAGAGUACUUUAAGAUUCAUUUUUAAUUUAAAGACUAUUGAGUUGUAGGUGAUACUGUUUUUUUCUUAUCAGUAAUUGUGAGUCCUUAGCAUAGUUUUUAGACCUUUUUUGUGUAUGUAUAAUAAUAAAAGGCAAACUAUAACUUCAAGAUAGAAAAAAUUGAAUUAACUAGUUUGAAAUGAAAUUAUUUAGGAUCAAAAAUUAGAUGUUUUGGGGAUACUAUAAACUUUGAACUCUUGUAAAUAAGUAGUGCAACAAUUCUCCUGAAAUUCAUACUUGUUUCCUGGUAGUCCACUGGUAUACCUUUCCUGUUGGUCAGCAAACCAACCCACAAUGUAGGAGAUGGGCACAGUAGUCCAUUGUGCCUGCUUGGUGAGUAGACUAGAAAUGAAGAAGUGGUAGAUUGUCUGUUGCAUGCUUUUUGGGUUAGCUUUUUAGAGCAAAGGCCAAUAAACCUGAGAGAAGAAAUAAGGGAGAGGAAAAGCCUAGGAGAUGGCAUAGUGACUGCUUUUAGACACAUGUCGGUGAUAGCAUUGUUAGAUAGCAGAAUUAGAGAGUGUGACCAGAAGUAGGAAAACAUGAAUUAUGGCUUUGAGAGCCAUAUGCAUUACUCCAGAAAAAACAAAAACAAAAAACCCAAACCCAUUGCCAUCGAGUCAAUUCCGACUCAUUGCGCCUCUAUAGGACAGAAUAGAACUGCCCUACACACCUCCAUAAUCUUAGAAACCCCAGUGUUGGUAGAAAGGUAAGGCAGACCUGUACAGCAGCAAACCCCAACAUCUGGAUAGCGAUAUUUAAAGGUUAAACCAACAGUUAUUGGAACAACUUAAUCUUUGAAUUAUGUCAUAGAUGGAUGUUGCCGUAACUUCUUUACUGGUCUCUGUGUGCAGUGUCUUCCCCUCGUAGUUUUGAGUUUUCAUCGCUAGUAAUACUGCUUUCCUGCUGGAAAAUCCAGUGCUCUUAAGAUGAAGUCCAGCCCUUUAAGUGGGGGCGAACAUAGCCUUUCUCAGGUGGCCCUGGCCUGUCUAUGCAGCCUCACCUUUACCCCUUUGUCACAUGCAUACAUUGUUACAGCCACGUUGGAAUUCUGGCUGCUGCUUAAACACAUUAUACUGUUUAGGUUGCAACGUAUUUGCUUGUGUAAUUGUUUUUUUGCUUACCUACCUGCACUCUCCUGUUUCCCCUAUAUGUGUCACUCCCAACUAUACAUUUUGGUCUUUUAUUUUCUUGGUUUUUAUCUUGAAAGUCCUGUAAUUGAAACUUCAGAUUUGGAUGUUUGUGGUUCUUUUAAAAGAGUCUCUUAACCUAGUUUGGGCCAUUGAUACUGCAUUUUGCAUUUUUUUCUGUUUGAGUUAAUGCUAUAUUUUUAUUCUUAGCAAAUAGCAGCCCUUUUUGUAACAGAAUCUCUUUAUUCAAGGCAGUAUACAAUUAGGUGGGGUAGAAGUAUACAACUUCUUACAAGCUGCUGUUGUAUUUUCUUUAUAGCCAUAGUUCUUGCCACUAUCUGUAAUUAUUUGUUAGUUCAUUUGAAUACCAUGCAAGUUCUGUUUGUAAGCCCCCAAACCAAAAAAACCCAGACCCGAUGCCAUAGAGUCGAUUCCGACUCGUAUUUGUAAGGCCCAGGUGGGCAGAAUUUUGCAUGGUCUAAGUCUUUGUCCUCAAUGCCUAGAGAAAUACCUGGUCAAUUGUGGGCUCUCAAUAAAUUUUUGCUGAAUUAACACUAAGAUAGUCAUAAUUCCUCUGAGGGCAUUUGUGUCAUAAAAUGCGGUUAUUUAACUCUUCUAUAUCUGUGUGUUUUCUGCAUGUAUGAUUUUAGUGCAUAAAAGCAUCAUCCUUGGUUGAUCUGACUUCGGUUUCCUCAGUUAACCCAUUAUCUGUUUCAAUCUUUUGUCAAUGACAGAUAAAGUUUUGGGAAGCAUAGGAGCUUAUAAUGCAGUUUUCUCAGGAGUCAUUUUUAUUUUUCUUAUGCUUUCUCUUGGGUCAUAAGAAUUGACGUCUUGUAGCUGUGAUGUUAUAAUAGAGUGGGUAACUCAUUUGUUCAUCUCAGGAUUCUAGGAGAAUUCAAGAUCUUGACAAGGACUUUAUGAGAAUUAAAUCCAGCCCAAUAAAAAAACAUCUAGGAGCUCUGGUGGCACAGUUAAGAGUUUGGCUGCUAACCAAAAGGUUGACAAUUUGAAUCCACCAACCACAGCUUGGAAUCCCAAUGGGGGCAGUUCUCCUCUGUCCUAUAGGGUUGCUGUGAGUUGGAAUUGACUCGACAGCAACAGGUCUUUUUUUGUUUUUUGUUUUUUAAUGUGUUGUUAAUUAAGAGAUUCCUCAGUACCUAAUUGCCAUACUCUGUUUAGGAAGGGGACUGAGGGGAGUCUGCCUCAAGGAGUGAGCACAGAUUUCCUAGAAGAGAACUUGUCCCCUCUGUUUGUGGACAUGCCUUUAACCCAGUUAAAUGCAUUUGCUUGCCGUAGUUAUUCUUGGAAGUGUCCCCAUAGAGAAUUGACUCUGUCAAACCCAUGGAUAUCAGAGUGGGGAAAGUUGUGUGAUAUAAUAGAAGGGCAUGCAUUUUGGUCAGACAGGGCUGGAUUCCAGUGCUGGAUUUCAGUUGCUUUUUAGUUUUGUAAUUCCAGAUAAGUUACUUACUCUUUUUAAGCCUCAGUUUUCCCAUAUGUACUGUCCAGUUAAUAAUACAGUAGAUUCUCACUAUUUACAUAUUCCAUAUUUGUGGAUUUGCCCACUUGCUAAAAUUUAUCUGUAACUCCAAAAUCAAUGUUCAUGGUGCUUUAACGGUCAUUUGCAGAUAUACAGAGGGCAAAAAAUUUGAGGUGCCCGAUGUGCAUGUUCCCAGCUGAAGUUUAACAAGAUGACUCUCUGCCUUCUUGUUUCAGUUCUUGUACUGUGAACAAAUGCUCUUUUCACAGUCUGUUUAGUGCCGCAUCUUUCCCAUCGUUAUGCUUUUUCUGGGCGAUUUUGCUGUUGAAAAUGGCCCCCAAGCAUAGCGAUGAAGUGCUAUCUUGUGUUCUUAGUGCACGAAGUCCGUCAUGUGCGUUAUGAAGAAAAUACAUGUGUUAGACAAGCUCCCUUCAGGCAUGAAUUACAGUGCUGUUGGUACUGUAAUAGAUAUUAAAUAAGGUGUCUUUAAACUGAAACACACAUAAAAGAAGUCUGUAUAUUGAUUAGAUGAUGAGAAUAUUGUGACCAGAGGCUCGCAGGAACCUAACCUUGUAGGCAUUGUCUGAGUCCUCUCCCUUUUCUCCAGAUCAGGAACAUGGGAGGUGAUGGGCUGCGGAUGACCAUUAAUUGCUCUCUCUGUGGUAAUAACAUACACAAAGAAAAUGCCACAGGAUUAAAAACGUGAGCAGGUAAAAUAGAAGGGUAUUGGAAGAUGAUGGGAAGUAUUAUUGAUUGCCUCGGUUUGCUCAUCUGUCUCCCUGAAGACUGAACCCAAAGCUGGCAGGUGGAGAACACGUAAGACCGUGAAGUCUCCGAGAGGACGUAAACAAACAGUGGGUCAAGGCACAAGGACAUACAUGGUAUCUGCUGGAUGAUCAUGAAUGCUGGCCAAGUGAGAAAUGUUCAUUUACGCAUGUAACAGCUAAGAAUGAGUGAGACAAGCCUCACAGAGUGUGUAAGUGGACAGAGCUCCUGAAGUGAAACGAGAUCUCUUCUCCCACCACAUUUUAAAUCUUGAUUAUCUGUACUGGAUUUAACUUUCUAAAAUGCUGCCAGUGUAAUAUUUCAUCUUUGAUCAGUCAGUACUGUUCUCCCAACAGAAGCUUCUUUGAUGGACUGAUUAACAUUGCAGUGAUUUCUUAGCCAGGUGGCUGGUAAUUUUUUAUUUGAGGCAUAAGUUAGGAAUUUCCCUCUGAGUAGUCUUAGAUACUACAUAUCUUCUGAUUAAUCAGCCACCCAGAAUUUAAAUUGCAAAAGUAGCUUUCUUUUCCCCUUCUAAUAGUGAAAAUACUGGAGCCUUGGUAGUGUAGUGGUUAAGAGCUACAGCUACUAACCAAAAAGUCUGCAGUUCGAAUCCACCAGCUGCUCCUAGGAAACCCUGUGGGGCAGCUCUACCCUGUCCUAUAGGGUCACUAUGAGUUGAAGUUGACUUGACGACAGUGGGUUUGGUUUUGGAAUGAAUGAAAAACUGAGUUAGAUUUAGAUUUAUACCUUUAAGGAAAAGAUCUGUUACCCUUGCUUCAGUUUUUUUGUAACUAAAGCAUUCUCAGGAUGCUGUGUUUACCCUUUUGUUCAAUUGUGUUAAUUCUAAUGCUUGUUUUAUUGUUUCUUUAGACUUUGAAAGAGUGGUUGUUUAUUUUUCAUUAAGCCUUGAUAAACUACCUCUAAAUGUUUUAGGCUUCUUGGUUCAUGUACCACUAACGGAUUUGAAACAGAUCUGAUAAAGCAGUAGUAGCCUGAAGUAUGCUCCUAUGAUUUGAUUAACACAAUUGUGUUUCAGCAUCUUGAAGGAAAAAAAUCUAUCAGUGGUUAAAAUCUUUGUCCCCCCCGCCGUGUGUCUGACAAGACACAGAGUGCAACAUAAAUCAGUUUAAUGCUGACUUUGGAAAAGCAGGAAAUGCUUAGUGAGUGGACAAAAAGUGAGGAGAUUUGGACAGCGAUGUUAUUAUGUUUUACGUUCUGUGUUUAAGAAAACUUGUAACAGUUGUGUCUGCUUUGUGGCCAGAGAGAGAGACUAACUGAUUUGUAUGAUACAAAAGGUUAAGUGCCAGGGAUCCUGCCAGGGUGUGACUCAUGCUCCUCAAGGCUGACUGAUGCAAGGCCUGUGGCUGCUGUUUCAUUCAUGUAUGUUGUCAGGGACAGAUCACUGGCUUGCUGUGUGUCAAAGCUUUAUUUCUAUCUCUGCUUUAUUGACAGUAAAAACAGCAAGGUGGUCAGUCUCCCUCAGUAUAAUAAAAGCUUUAUUUUAAAACAUCUCAGUGCCAAGGUGAAUAUGGUUUGUUCAAAUAACGAGUUUUGCUCUUACUCAGAAAAAUUGAUACUGGGACACAGGAGAUUUGCCUGGUUUCUGAGGUAACUCUGUAGAUUAUAAUCUGGUUGCCAUGACAACCCAGCAGCAGUGAAAAUUAUGGGAAGCAAACAUUUGAAGAGAGGUUAUUUUAGUAGGAUACUGAAAAGCACUAUCAUCUCUUUUCCUGAAGAAGUGGGUUGAGGGUCAGGAAUUGGCCUUAGUAAGCGGAGGGGGAAGGCAUAAGUGGAUUUUUGAGGGUGGAUGCCUGGAAAGUGGACGCCUGGAGGCCAUUCUUUGAAACGUGGUCUGGUGUCAGUGACCACUAAGGAACGGUGAGAGACACUUCUUGCAAUGUGAUGAUCAGAUAAUAUGACAGAAUCUGGAACAUACACCAAUUCAGACAUCCCUUUCCUUGCCUGGAAUUUUCCAUAAUAAUGGUGAAUUGUAUUUUCAGAACCCAUAUUCAGGGCACAUUGACAUUUCUGAGUGUGGUAGGGGAGAGUAUAUGAAUUUGAGAUUGUCAAAGAAAAUCUGAGGCAUGGAGUCUUGGUGUCCAUUGGUUUUUUUUUUUUUUUUUUCUCUCUCUCCAUUAAUUCCACAGGCAUGUAUUACAGGCCUGUCCCUAGGGGUUUAAACAAAAAGCAGAUGGUUUCUGCUUUAUUAUAGUGAUGUUAGACUUGGUCUAAAGACUUUUUACAAAUUUUUUUCAUUGCAGUGUUGCUUCCAUUGUAAUUGAGUUGUGUUCUGUAUUUAUAUAAAAAUAAAGUUAACGAUUUUCAUGUUAAAGGAAUGACUUUGAAAGCUCAGUUUGAAGAAAGCAAUCUAAAUGUUUUAGUCUCUCUGGCGAUCUGAAGGGAUUUCUUUUUGCGUUCUUGAAAUGGUGCAGUGUCUGUACAUUGGUGAGAAUUUGGAGACUGAAAGAUCAUUGAUGCAGUUAUUGUACAGGACAAAUAAAUUGCUCAGAAAUAACUGUUAUAAUUCAAAAUAAUGAGAAGCACCAGGGAUGAAGCUUGGACUUCUUUUCCUUGAAUGAUCCUGUUUUUUCCAAUUAAUGUAUUUCCUGACUUAAAAAAUUUUUAAUAGCCCAGCAGUGUCUCCUGUGGCAAGUUAUUAGAAGAAGCAAAAGACAUGGAUAUUAAAGGUUUAGUUCUUGAAGAUGAAAUAACUUUGAUUCAGGCAUUGUGCUAGGCAGUGGGAUCUUGUCCAUUUACAGCCUAUAUUAUAAGGAAAGACAUGCAAGAAAAUAAUUGCUUAGUUAACUGCAAUUGCAAAUUUUAGAAAGUAAUUUGUUUUAUUUUGUUAGAGAACAUAUAAUGGGAAAUCUGACUUGUCAUGAUGGUCAAAGCUACUUCUUAAGCUAAGAACAAUGAAGAGACUUUAGCCGGUCAGGAAAGUAGGGUGAAUGGUGUGCAGAUACGCAGUAGUCCAGGAAAAGAAUUACAGACAGAGGGAACCGUCUGCUUGAUGGCUCCAAGGCAGAGAGGAGCAAGGCUUGCUCUAAGAGCUCUAGAGUGAAUGUGACACUGACAUCCCCCAAUUAAUGGCGUCAACCUAGUGAUCCUUUUAACUACAGUUUUUAAGCUUCGAUUGUGUCCUUUAAUAUGUAUUUAGAUAUAAAUUAGCGAUUUUUCCUUUUGUUAUCCUAUGAUUAGAACUAAAAUUAUGAGACUGUCGAAAGAAAACACUUUGUCAUUGCCGCUCAUAGUCCAGUCUGGAAGUUAUCUUCUAAUAUUAAAUAUUUGUUAGACUGGUUCAUAAGACUGAAACACUGACAUUUAGGUGAUAGAUUUCAAAAUUUGAGUGUUAGUGGGACCAACUUGUAAUAUUAUUAAUUUAUUUAAUAUUGUUCAUUAUUAUGAUCCUCUGCUCAGAUACUUCUUUUUCCAAACGUUUUCCUAUAAAUUGCUUUGUAUUGUUACACAAUAGACUUACGUAACUCAGGUCAGUAAUAGAUACUUUGGAAAAGUAUGCAAGAAUGUUAGAUCAAAACCUUCUCAGUGCAGUUUUUCUUUAUUGUUUCUGGUCUUUUAUCUUAAUUGUUGUUUCUAAAUUAGUGAAAGAGAAAAAUAAAUGUAGUUUCCAAAGAAAAGAUUUCAUAAUUUUUUUAGUUCUGUAACAUCAUAAGAAACACAGAAGAAUUCACUCAUGAAUGUACUUUUUCCCCCACCUCAAAUUUGAACCAGGCCUAAGACUUACACCCUAAGUUUUGUGUUUAUAUAAGAUUCGGUGCCACAUACUUCCUGUCUAGUACAUAAAUUUGGGUAAUAAAACUGUUGAAAUGAAGAAAAAUCCCAGAUGUUCUGGUAUUAAAUUGAAAUUAAUGUUAUUUUGGCAGGUUAUUCUCGUUCAAGUUAAUCCAGGUGAGACUUUUACAAUAAGAGCGGAGGAUGGAACGCUUCAGUGCAUUCAAGGACCUGCUGAAGUUCCCAUGAUGUCACCCAAUGGAUCCAUUCCUCCCAUCCACGUACCUCCAGGCUAUAUCUCACAGGUGAUUGAAGACAGUACUGGAGUCCGUCGGGUGGUGGUCACACCCCAGUCUCCUGAGUGUUACCCUCCGAGCUACCCCUCAGCUAUGUCUCCGACCCAUCACCUACCCCCCUACAUGCCUCACCACCCACAUUUUAUUCAUAACUCACACACGGCUUACUACCCACCUGUUACUGGACCUGGAGAUAUACCGCCUCAGUUUUUUCCGCAGCAUCAUCUUCCCCCAACAAUAUAUGGCGAACAAGAAAUUAUACCACUCUAUGGAAUGUCAAGCUACAUUACUCGAGAAGACCAGUACAGCAAACCUCCGCACAAAAAACUGAAAGACCGCCAGAUUGACCGCCAGAACCGCCUCAAUAGCCCUCCUUCUAUCUACAAACCCAACUGCACGACAGUGUACAAUGGCUACGGGAAAGGCCACAGUGGUGGAAGCAGUGGAGGCGGGGGAGGCGGCAGCGGUGGUGGGCCAGGAAUUAAGAAAACAGAGCGGCGAGCAAGAAGCAGUCCAAAGUCGAACGAUUCAGACUUGCAAGAGUAUGAGUUGGAAGUAAAGAGGGUGCAAGACAUUCUUUCAGGAAUAGAGAAACCACAGGUGUCUAAUAUUCAGGCAAGAGCAGUUGUGCUGUCCUGGGCUCCCCCAGUUGGGCUUUCGUGUGGACCCCACAGUGGUCUUUCCUUCCCCUACAGUUAUGAGGUGGGCUUAUCAGACAAAGGACGAGAUGGAAAAUACAAGAUAAUUUACAGUGGAGAAGAAUUAGAAUGUAACCUGAAAGAUCUUAGACCAGCAACUGAUUAUCAUGUGAGGGUCUAUGCCAUGUACAAUUCCGUAAAGGGAUCCUACUCUGAGCCAGUUAGCUUCACCACCCACAGCUGUGCACCCGAGUGUCCUUUUCCACCUAAGCUGGCACACAGGAGCAAAAGUUCACUAACCUUGCAGUGGAAGGCACCAAUUGACAAUGGUUCAAAAAUCACCAACUACCUUUUAGAAUGGGAUGAGGGAAAAAGAAACAGUGGUUUCAGACAGUGCUUCUUUGGGAGCCAGAAACACUGCAAAUUGACAAAGCUUUGUCCGGCCAUGGGGUACACAUUCAGACUGGCUGCUCGGAAUGAUAUUGGCACCAGUGGUUACAGCCAAGAGGUAGUAUGCUACACAUUAGGAAACAUUCCUCAGAUGCCCUCUGCACCAAAACUUGUCCGAGCUGGAGUCACAUGGGUCACGUUGCAGUGGAAUAAACCAGAAGGCUGUUCACCCGAGGAAGUAGUUACCUACACCUUGGAAAUUCAGGAGGAAGAAAAUGAUAACCUUUUCCACCCAAAAUACACUGGAGAGGAUUUAACCUGUACUGUGAAAAAUCUUAAAAGAAGCACACAGUAUAAAUUCAGGCUGACUGCUUCUAAUAUGGAAGGGAAAAGCUGUCCAAGUGAAGUUUUGGUUUGUACGACAAGUCCAGACAGGCCUGGACCUCCUACAAGACCCCUGAUUAAAGGACCAGUGACAUCUCAUGGCUUCAGUGUCAAAUGGGAUCCUCCAAAGGACAAUGGUGGUUCAGAAAUCCUCAAGUAUUUGCUGGAGAUUACCGAUGGAAAUUCUGAAGCAAAUCAGUGGGAAGUGGCGUACAGUGGAUCGGCUACAGAAUACACUUUCACCCACUUGAAACCAGGCACUUUGUACAAACUCCGAGCAUGCUGCAUCAGUACUGGUGGACACAGUCAGUGUUCUGAAAGUCUGCCCGUUCGCACACUAAGCAUUGCACCAGGUCAGUGUCGACCACCGAGGGUUUUGGGUAGACCCAAGCACAAAGAAGUCCACUUAGAGUGGGAUGUUCCUGCAUCUGAAAGUGGCUGUGAGGUCUCAGAGUACAGUGUGGAGAUGACGGAACCUGAGGAUGUAGCUUCGGAGGUGUACCACGGGCCAGACCUGGAGUGCACCGUUGGGCACCUGCUUCCCGGAACUGUGUAUCGUUUCCGGGUGAGGGCUCUGAAUGAUGGAGGGUAUGGUCCCUAUUCUGAUGUAUCAGAAAUCACCACUGCUGCAGGACCACCUGGACAAUGCAGAGCACCUUGUAUUUCUUGUACGCCUGAUGGCUGGGUCCUGGUGAGUUGGGAGAGUCCUGAAAGUUCCGGUGCCGACAUCUCAGAGUACAGAUUGGAAUGGGGAGAAGAUGAAGACUCCUUAGAACUCGUUUAUCAUGGAACAGAAACCUGCUUUGAAAUAAGAGAUCUGUUGCCUGCUGCACAGUAUUGCUGUAGACUACAGGCUGUCAAUCAAGCAGGAGCAGGGCCGUAUAGUGAGCUUGUCCACUGUCAGACACCAGCAUCUGCCCCCGACCCUGUCUCCACUCUCUGUGUCCUGGAGGAGGAGACCAUCAGCGCCUAUCCUGAUUCGCCUUCUGUGUGCCUUUUACUGAACUGGGAAGAGCCGUGCAAUAAUGGGUCUGAAAUCCUUGCUUACAACAUUGAUCUUGGAGACACUAGUAUCACUGUGGGCAAUACCACCACCCACGUUAUAAAAGAUCUCCUUCCUGAAACCACCUAUAGGAUCAGAAUUCAGGCUAUAAAUGAAAUCGGAGCUGGACCAUUUAGUCAGUUCAUUAAAGCAAAAACUCGGCCAUUACCACCCUUGCCUCCUAGGCUAGAAUGUGCUGCAGCUGGUCCUCAGAGCCUGAAGCUAAAGUGGGGAGACAGUAACUCCAGGACACAUGCCGCUGAUGACACAGUGUACACGCUGCAGCUGGAGGACAGGAACAAGCGGUUUAUUUCAAUCUACAGAGGACCCAGCCACACCUACAAGGUCCAGAGGCUGACGGAGUUCACGUGCUACUCCUUCAGAAUCCAGGCAGCAAGUGAUGCUGGAGAAGGGCCCUUCUCAGAAACCUACACCUUCAGCACAACCAAAAGUAUCCCCCCGACCAUCAAAGCACCUCGAGUGACACAGUUAGAAGGAAAUGCAUGUGAAAUUCUAUGGGAGACGGUACCACCAAUGAAAGGCGAUCCUGUCAACUAUAUUCUGCAGGUAUUGGUUGGAAGAGAAUCUGAAUACAAACAGGUAUACAAGGGAGAAGAAGCCACAUUCCAAAUCUCAGGCCUCCAGACCAACACGGACUACAGGUUUCGUGUGUGUGCGUGUCGUCGCUGUUUAGACACCUCUCAGGAGCUAAGCGGAGCUUUCAGCCCCUCUGCAGCUUUUGUACUGCAACGAAGUGAGGUCAUGCUUACAGGGGACAUGGGGAGCUUAGAUGACCCCAAAAUGAAGAGCAUGAUGCCUACUGAUGAACAGUUUGCAGCCCUCAUUGUGGUUGGCUUUGCAACUUUGUCCAUUUUAUUUGCCUUUAUAUUACAGUACUUCUUAAUGAAGUAAACACACCCAACAAAACUAGAGGUAUGAAUUUAAUUAAUGCUACACAUUUUAAUACACACAUUUAUUCAGAUACUCCCUUUUUUACGUCCUUUGUUCUUUGAUUUAUAUACUUCUCUUGUUUUACAGAUUUAGCUAGAAAAAAAAUAUCAGUGUUUUGGUGCACCUUUUUGAAAUGCAAAACUAGGAAGAGGUUAAACUGGAUUUAAAAAAAAGAAGAAAAGCAAACCAGAUACCAAAAGCUAGCUUUCUUAUGUUUUCUUUUGAAUUUACAGAUUUGCCUUUAUUCUGUUCUCACUAAUGGCUUUUGCAAGCCUUUGAUUUUUUUUUUUUUUUAAUAUUACAGUUUAGUAAUUUAUAUUCACCUAUUCACCUGUCACUUCUUAUGUCGUGAACAUCUGUACGUGUAAACAUGAAUCACAGCAUGUGUAGUUACAGGGCUAGGAUUUCAGUGUUGUCAGAGAAUCAUCACGCAACACCACCAUGCAGAAGCUGUGUUCACUAAGAUGGCCUGCCCUAAACGAGUUCCAUUUUGUUACUCAGUUAUUUAACUGUAUUUAGCUCAUUUAAAUCAAAAUGUGUACUUCAAUGUAAAAUGUUUUAAUAAUCUGUAUUUCUUAUCAUUUUAACACUAUGAGCUGCCUGUAUACAAAAUCAAGUAACCAAAAUGCACCUAUAAAUUGUGGAGCAUUGUAGAUUUUUACCACGUCGAUUCAUAGCAGUAACUUUACGAGGGCAUUGUGCAAUAGUUAGUUGUUUCCUUGUUACAGCUGUUUUAAAAGCUGCUUUAACUUGUUUGUUUGUCUUUGUAUAUAACUACGUACUUCUAAUCACUAGAGUAAUUAUAUUCUGUUAUGUUUGACCAGAAUUAUAUGAUGAGAACUGGUGACAGUUUAGUGCCUCUGCCCGUUGUCCAUGAUUUACACUAAUUGUGAGCAAUCUUGUAACGUGUCAGCUCAUUAUUUUUGAAAGAUUUGCCUUUAGGCUGUUCUUUGAGGUAUCAAUGAAGUGAUUGAAUUCAGUACCUUAAUUCAGUGCACGUAAUACUAAUCUAACAGCAGAUAAAGACUGAUAAAGCCCAAAAGAGAGUCCUCUAAAUUUAUAGUUCCUAUUUCUGUGGGGUUGACCUGGCCGUCUAUGGAGAGGGAUUGUAUUUAGCGGUAAGCACAGGGUGUUUGGGGAUCAAGAAGCCUAGAUUCUCUCCCUGGAUCUGUCACUAACUUGCUGCGUGACCGAAACAUGUCACCUUUACCUCUGUGCCUCAGUUUUCCCAUGCAUUAAAAAUAAAAUAAAAUGGGGAUUCUAAUGUUUGUAAGUGCUUUGAGAUCCUUGAUCAACAGGUGCUAUUGGAAUGCAAGGUGUUACUCUUGCUUGUUUAUUUUGAGUCAUGAGAUAAUCAAUUUUAACCCAAAGUCUUUGGAUUAUUUAUAUGAAGUCCAUAAUGUUCGAGUACCUCAGGGACAUUUAAGAGUUGGAGGUGCAAAUAUAUUCCAAAAGGGUGCAACAGACACAGUGUAUACCCCUGCUUCUGUUUUUGUAUAUUUUUGCUACUUGGUUUUUCUUGAUCAUAGCUACUUUGUGCUUUGUGUUGUCUAAGAUACAGUAUCCUGUACUAGCUUAUAAUAUUCCCGUACCAAAGUCAUGGGGAAACCAACAUUUUUUUGUUUUUGGUUUAUUUAUACUAUAUUCUGCAUACAGUACUUUAAAUGCCAAUUACAGUGCAAUCUUUAUUUAUUGUAAAAUUUUAAAAAAUGUACUUAUGUACUAAUUUUCCCUUGUAGCAUGUUAUUUUUUUUGUGUGUUUUAUACUUUUGUAAUUCUAGGUCACUCUUGUUCUUUGGCAACAUCUGUAGUAUUAUUAAUCUUCUGACAUUUUCUUGUAUUUUUAAGGAUAAGAGCAUCUAGUGCAUUAAAUGCCAAAAAAAGAAAAAAAAAAUCCAUUAUCAGUGAUUGAAACGUUUACAUGUACCCAAAAAACCAUAAUCAUCUCUUGAAAGAUAGUGGUAAGAUCAAUGAAUUAUUCUGUGUGCCUAUAUUGAUGUAGUAAAUACUAGAGAGUUCUGUAUUUUGUUAUUGACUAUAAUAAUCAGUUUAAUUAGCCUUGCAAACUAAUGGCAUCAAGAUAAUAUAUUUUUGCCAAAGUUCUGGCCUUCCAAAAUAUAUCCCACUAUUUACGUAAAUGUGUGAUAUGAUCCACUCUGACAUUGCAUCUGCGUUUUCUGAGAUGAUUUCAUGCAGGUGUUUCAAGAAGAAGGCAUUUUUUAAGCAAUGAAGAGUCAACUGAGUACAAAAACCCUACUGUUUGCAAAGAAAAACAUCCCUUUUUGGUACACUUCAGAACUGCUGCUAUAAAGAAAUUCUCUGAAUUGGUUGUAUUUUUUAAAAUGAAAUUAGGCCAGAGUUGUUAUGAAUAUUUGAUUGUUUUGAGAUUUCAUACUAUCCGUGGAACCACCAGAAAGCUGAAGUGUGUGAAAUACAAGCUGACGGCACUUUAUUUUAUUGCUCUCCAUUGUUUGGUAUUCGUUAUAAUCCCUUCAGUCAGGAAAUUCUUACUCUAUAUGGCACUGUGUUCUAUCACAAAUAUGUAUAUGUGAUAUUGAUGUAUAACUAUAUAUAUUGCCAUUACACAUGAACAAUAAAAUAAAGUGUUAGAGUAAACUUAUUUCUUUGCUCCUUUGCAGUAAGUAGGAAUGAGUGAGUGGCUUUCUGAUGGCUCUGACUCUUCUGUCUGUCAGAUUCAUCUCUGGCACAAGAAAUCCCAGUCCCGUGAAGCAAAUGGCCCUGUCCUCAAAGAAAUGGUUUAAAAAGAAAACUUUUUUAAAAGAUUUUUUUUCUUAUUAUAUGCCUUGUUCUUAUCAACUUGAAAUGUUGGCAUUUUCUAACCUUGUUUUGUUGGCUACAGUAAUUCAGUAUUCAUGUCAACAUUGAAAAGUACCCUAAUUGAAUGUGUUUUGAAUGUUAUCCUUGCACAGUUCUUUAAAUUGAAAAACAAAAUGUUUUACCUCACUGUUGGACAUACAUUCCAAGCUUUUCAACUCUAGGAGAAAAAAAAAAAAAUUCAUAUGUUUUCCUGUAUUGUCAAUUUUAGACUUUCAUAUACAUUGUAUUAAAACUGCCAUAUCAAUUUUAUGUAUAGAUUUUGCAAAUACGAUGCUAUAUGUAAUACCUAACUGUAUCUGUAGUGUAUAUGUAAUAUAUUUAUGCCCAAUAAAUGUUUUAAUUCUUUCUGACUUAAGUAGGGUUUUUCUGCCAUUAAUAGGAUUGCUGUUGUUGUUGUUAUUGUUUUAAAGCUUAAACAACAUCCCAAAAGUUGCAAAUUCAAAUGCCUUUAGAGGCCAUGCAGUAGCAUAGUGCAUGAUGUUUGCUGUCUCAUCUAAACGGGCAGCCACAACUCGACUGCUGCUGGGUGAGGCAUUGCAGAAUUGCUGGUCACAAUCACAUGUGCCAGUAUUUCAAAAGAACCUUAAAAUCCAGAUUUUGAUCUAAAAUCUCCUGAUAUUUUAAAAAUAAUUUGUCUAAAUUGCUUGUAAAACUCUGUAUGGGCCAACUAAAAUGUGAUUGUGGACUACAUAGGCCCAUGAGCUGCCAAUUUCAGAGUGUGUGUGGAUAGUGUACCUCUUUGCCUAACAUUUAUAUGACAAAACUCAGGUGUCCACAUCUACCUCUGUCCACUUGGCACACUGGGUACUUCCUCCUCUGGAUCCCAUUCAACAACAACAGCAAUAAAGCAUAUUGUUCCUACUGUGGCCAUAGUUUCAUCAUUAGGUUAGAUUGUUUUGCUAGGAAUCUCUUCUGUCUUGAGUUCUUUAUAUUUUGGGCAUAGAGAUGUAUUGUUUAUAACUCAAAGCUCACAUAAAGAAUGGUAGUCAUUCUUAUGUGUAAAGAUGAGAAAUGGAACACAUCAAAUUUUGCAUGCUCCCGACACUUCACCAAAAAGAUGAUAAAGGAUUUAUUUUUUUAAGUCACAACUCCCCUCAAGAUGGUGUAAAUGGAAGAGAAGUCAUUAGCACCAGAAUUUUGGAAACCUAACCAAAGAAAUACGAGUUCUAAGUUAGCAGAGAGGAAAUUGAGAACAAACUCAACUUACAUGCAGAAUGCCCAGAAGGCUCAAAAGUUGGCAGCAUAUCUCUUUCAAGUGGUGUUGGGAGGGUCUAAAAUAGGAUUGGUUGAAAAUUGUUAAAGAUGCGGUUAGAUUCCCAGAGUUGCUCCCCAUUUCUUUUAAGCUGGACAACUUCAUCUCUAUCACACUUGCAGAAGCCUGGAAAUUUAUCCUCAGGAAAAGGUAAAACAGAAGGUCACUAGACUGCAAGACACUAUUCACAGUUGAAAGUGAAGGUACUAUACCAAAAAUGGGGAUUAAUGAACAUAAGCAUACAAGAGGAUGUCAGGAGAGUCUCAACCUGAAGAAUCUCAUGCAACCAAAAAAAGAAAGAUCUUCAGUGAAAUAAAUGAUUCAAGCAGAUCAUCCUUUGGUAGUGCUUCUCAACAUUAGCUGCACAUGGGUAUCACCUGGCGAGCUUUCUAAAAUCCCUCUAUCCAGGCGACAUCCUAGGCCAAUUAAAUGAAUAUUUCUGGAGUAUUAGUGUUUUUAGAGCCCUGAUGGUGCAGAGGUUAAGAGCUCGGCUGCUAACCAAAAGCUUGGCAGUUCAAAUCCCACCAGCUGCUCCUUGGAAACCCUAUGAGGUAUUUCUACCCUGUCUUAUACGGUUGCUAUGAGUUGGAGUCGACUCAACAGCGUUGGGUUCGGUUGGUUUGGUAGCAGUGUUUUUAAGGCUCCCCAGGUGAUUCUGCUCUGCAGCCAAGAUUGAGAACCACUGCCCUAAAGUGAAAACUGUCAGUCAGCAAUCUCGUGUCAGCUUUUUCAUCUGCCAUCUUAAAGUUAACCUGGCAUCUGAUGAAAGAAAGCUUCUAACGUGAAUGAAAAGACCAAACCCAACAACUUGGAAGAACCAGAGACUACAGGGAGAACAAGCCUCAAAAAAACUGCCAGUCUCCAGAGAGAGAAGAAAAGAUAAGGCAUCUGUAAAAUAAGGAUAGAAUACUACCAAAUAGGAAAUAUUCUUGAAAAUUAAAAUUCAGUAGUAGGGGUGAAAGCUGAAAUUGAGCAAAUAACCCAGAAAAUAGAGCAAAAAAGGAUAAAAGAUUAGGAUCAGUCUUGAGACGUCCAAUACCCAAGUAAUAAGAACUCCAGAAAAAAAUUAAAAAUGGAGGGGAGGAAAUCAUCAAACACACAUUUCCUGGAUGAAAAUAGGACCUCUACUAAGGUAUGCCAUCUUGAAAUUUCAAACAAGUAGGUCUAAGAGAAGUUUCCAAAAAAGAUUUUAAAAAGCAGGUCACAUAGAUUAGGAAUCAGAAUGGCUUUCAGACUUCUCAACAGUAAUACUGGAAGCUAGCAGUCAGUAAUUACGUCAAGAUUUUGGAAAAAAAGAUUUCCCAUCUGCCAUACUCAAUCAAGUGUAAAGGUGUCAUAAUAUUUUCAGAAAUGAAAGAUCUCAAAAAUUUGCCUCCCAUGCAUGUUUUCUCAGGAAGCUGCUAAAGAAUAUGCUCUCACAUAUAAGGGAAUAUUCCAAGAAUGAAGCAGCCAUGGGAUUCUGCCUUCAGUGUUUUCAUGCAGGUCAGAAGUUGGCUCUCUUAAGGCCCCUGGGUGGCACAAACUUUUCUGCACAGCUGGUUAGCAAAAGAUUGGCGGUUUGAACACACCCAGUGGCACUGAGGAAGAAACAGGCCUGGAAAUCUGUUUCCAUAAAGAUUACAGCCCAGAAAACCCUAUGGAGCAGUUCUAUUCUGUAACAUAUGGAGUCUCCUAAGUCACAAAUCAACAGCAAAAACAAAAAUUGACAGAAGUUGCUCUCUGACAUUUUGCCCCAAAAGGAUUUAUGCAACUUUCACUUUCUUACCCUUUCCCCGCCCCCAGCCUUCCUGUAUGCAUAAACACACACACGUGCACACACAUAGACUGAAAAGUGAUUAUUUUAAACAAACCUCUCAGGAUAUCUUGCCUUGGCUAAUUAAACCAAACAAUUAAAUCCAUGUGCAGAUUACAUUUAAUUCAGUGUGGCGACACAAGACUGUUUAAAAAAAAAAAAUCCCACCUCCAUUGCUAGACCAUAAGUGCCUCCAAAAAUGGAAGUGGGGAGGGAAUGUUUGCAUGAGGCAGUGAGUCUUAUUCAGCUCUGCAGCAUAUAGCAAGGCACCUAGCACAUAAUAGAUGCUAAAUAAAAUUUUGUUUAGUUGAACUCAAUUGAACUAAUUUUGUAGGAAAAAGUUCCCAUAGCAGUGGUGUGAUCCGUAAGACCCUUUCUCCAAAAGUCUUUUGCCACUUGAUUUUUGUUUUUAAUCAAAGUAAUUGUCAACAUU